AUGGAAUCACAGAAGCAAUUAGAGGAACGGUGUAAAUGGUUAGAGGAAAAAUUUUGGGUAAUGGAAAGCGCAGAUAACCAUCACGGAAUUGACGCUAAGGACCUAAGUUUGGUUCCAGACUUGGUUCUUCCUCCUAAUUUCAAAAUAUCUGAAUUUGAGAAGUAUAAUAGAACGAGCUGCCCUGAGGCUCAUAUCACUAUGUUUUGCAGGCGAAUGACAGGAUACGUCAGCAAUGACCAGCUAUUAAUUCACUGCUUUCAAGAUAGUCUGGUUGGGGCGGCAUCUAAAUGGAUCACUCUCCAGAAUAUGGAGAAGAAAUCAACUGAAAGUUUCAGACAAUAUGCGCAAAGAUGGAGAGAUGUUGCCAUACAAGUUCAGCCGCCGCUUCUAGAAAAAGAAACCACGAUUCUCUUUAUCAACACUUUGAAGGCUUCUUUUAUCACUCAUAUGUUGAGGAGUGCCACCAAAAGCUUCUCAGACAUAAUGAUAACAGGUGAAAUGAUUGAAAAUGCUGUAAGUAACGGAAAAAUCGAAGUAGGAGAAAGUACUAAAAGAUCGGCCUCGAGGAAAAGAGAUAACGAAGUGAACAACACGAACACAUUUAGCAAGGGUCAGUCCAAGUCACUCACUGUAAACCAACCAAAGACGGUGACUGCCAAUCAACAUAGCGCUAUGAGACAAUAA